AUGUUGGCAACCGAGCGCCUCGUUAGCUCCGGGGCCGCACAGCCCAACCAGCAGCCCAAGCCCAAGAGGAAAUGGCACACUACAGCCUGGCUCUACAAGGAGGUCGACCGCAGGAGAUGCCUACGCACAAUUACCCCUACCCUCCUCGAACCGUCUGGCCAGCCCGUCACGAGCGGCGGCGAGGUCGCCGUGCUUGGCACCUUCUGUUGGACCCCCGAGAGGGAGGUCAGGGUUCCCAGCCGCGAACCCAUCUUCCAGCACGUCGCCCUCCCGGCGGUGCUCCCCCCGGUGGGCAAACCGCGCGGCAUGAUCCCCUCCGGCCGCGCCAUGCGCCGCCCCCAGCGGGGUAACAAGGCAGGAGGCGUCAACUCCAAGCUCAAGGCCAGCGAGACGGGUAAGCCCGAGCCCGCCACCGCCACCGCCGCCGCCGCCGCCGCCGACGCCAACGCCAUGCCGCCCCACAGCCUCGCGCCCCUGGCCCAGGCUAUCGCCACCAUGUCCCCCUCGCACCGGCUGCGCGGCACGGACCUGGUCGUGCAGCGCAACAGCCUGCGCAAACUGUUUGCGCUGUGCGGCGGCCAGAACCCCGAUAGCUUCCGGGUCGGGCUGCAGCUCGUCCGCGACAAGACGCUCGUCGUCACCAAGCAAGACAUGCUCACCUGGCACCCGUCCGCCACGCGCGCCUCGGGCGUGGGUCUCAGCUUCGAGCGGCUCUUCACGAGGGCGGCCGAGCCCGGGCGCGAGGGCGACCAGUCCCACCACCGCGUCAUCUCGUACGACCUGGGCGGCCUGCGCUGCGUGGUGCAGUUCGAGGUAGACGCGUGCUACUAUGAUGGCGGCGAGGGGAAGAUGGCGACGGGGAGCGAGGCCGACGACGCAGCGAGAGGAGGGCUUACGAUAGAGGAGAAGCUACUAGCCCUCAGCCUCGAGCCGCCAACACUCGCUGACACAACGCCGCCACCGACUGCGGCGGCGACGGCGGCGCCGGCGCCGGUGGUGCUCGACUCCGCCGGCGCCGCCCCCCAGUCGACCGUGGCCGAGAUGAAGACGUGCAACGCGGGCAAGCGGCAGAGCAGGCUGUCCGGGGCGCUGCCGCAGCUGUGGUUCGGCCGCACGCCGUGGUUCAUCCAGGGCAGACGCGAGGGCAACGCCGUCACCGUCGUCGACGUCACCGAUGUGACGCGUCGCUUCGCCGACUGGGAGGAGAGGCACCAGGAGACGCUGCGCCGCCUCGUCACCCUCGUCUGCGAGCUGCGCGACAGCGUCAGGGCCGCCGGGCCCGGGUGCAAGCACUGCGUUCUCGUAUACGACAGGGCGGAGCAGGACGAGCGGGUGGAUGGGGAGCCGCAGCAGCGCGUCGUGCGCAUUUACAGGGCCAACGUCCCCAAGGCCAAGGAGCCUAUUCCAAGGGAUUUGGUGGAGAGGCUUUGGGGGCCGGAUUGA